GUUUUCUUCGUAUAUUUAUUUCAAAAGCAUCUGGCUGCAGACGAUUUGUUGGACUUCCGUGGUGACAAAAAAUUAAAAUGCACCACUCCAUAAUUAUUAAAGGGACCAGGCUGGGGCCCACGACCCCAUCAUCCUCUGAGUUUGGAUGUCCUCUGUGUCCCAGAUUCAGAACAGCAAAGGCAAGUGUGAUUAAGAGACACCUGGAAAACCACGCCACAAAUGGAGUACAUUUUCACAAUACAAUAAUCUGCAGAUGCAACCAGACAUGUCGAGAUAGAGGUCAUUUUCACUGUCCAUUUUGUUUUAAAACAAUGCAGCGCAAAGAGGACAUGAAAUUUCAUGUGACUGGAUGUCAAAAAAGGUGUGAUAUGGUGCAAUCCACAUCAGUGCCACCUUUUCUUAAAAGUGAACCAUCCUCACCACAAGAACCUAAGUCAGUGACCCACCCUCCCUUAUCAGCCCUGGAGGAUUGUAGUCCACCAUCAGUGAGUCUUGAACAGUCAUACACACCGCUACCCUCAGCUUGUCCGUCACAUUCAGGUACAACUUCAGAGCCUCCCGGGUCCUGUUCUUCUUCACCUGAGGAAGCAGUCAUCUUUGCAUCACAGACUGUGGAACCGCCAUCAGCAAGGGUUGAUCAUUCAUACACACUUCCACCCUCAGCUCGUCCAUCACCAAGGGAGACCUGGAUUACAGCUAGUCCCUCACCCUCAGAGAUCUCUUUUCCAAGGGGGACCUGUAUUUCAGCUUGUCUGCCACCUGCAGGUACAACUUUAGAACCUCCUGUGUCCCAUUCUUCUUCACCUGAGGAAGCAGUCAUAACUGCAGCACAGACAGCAAAUACUGUGGAACUGCCAUCUCUGAUAGAUGAUCAUUCAUACACACGUCAACCCUCACCUUGUCCGUCACCUGAAGUUACAAUCUCACUGCCUCCUGACACUGAUUCGUCUUCACCUGAGGAUGAAGUCACUUCUGCACCUAAGACAGCAAAAACUGCAGUACUGGCAGCUUCACAUGUGAAGUGCCCUCACUGCCCCAUGGUUCUGUACAAAAAGAAUUUGGUUUUACAUAUACGAAGAAAACAUGAGGGGCCAAAAGUCAUUAGAGUAGCAUCUUGCCGUAAACGUGCACAUGUUGACAAAAGUCAUGGCCAGAAAAACCCUUGUGGUUUCAGUAUGCCAGUGCAACGUAAAACACUGGGCCAGCAACAUGUAACAAACCCCGAAAGAGAGGAUUGUCAGCAAUCUCACUUGUUUGCUCUGUGGAGCGGCCUUUCUCACAGUACGUGUGAUCAUGUCCGCUCACUUCAGGAACCACUUCAACACAAAGGCUACAGAGCUUACACAACGAUCUGAUGAAUGUAAGGAUUCGUUCUAAACGAUUAUACCUGUGACAGAAGCCAUCUACCUCACUGAGGCUCAAACACUUAAAGCUGAGGAGUCUGCGUUUUAGUUUCCAGUGGAAAAUGGCAGUCUCCUCAGUCAUGUGUAUGAGUGUAUGAGUGGGUUACAUGACAUGUUUUUUAGUUCCAAGUGUCAAACUUAAAUAAAUAAGAAUUUAACUAAUCAAAAAUGUUUGAAAAUGUACACUACAUGAUGCUGUAAGUGAAAAUACUCUCCAUUUACUUAACCUAUCCUAUUACACCAAACGUUAUUUUUGUGUCAGUAGUGAUCAAAAACAUCUGCCCCAAAAAUGGAAAUCAUGCAGUAUGAAAGGAUUUUGUGAUAUUUUGAGGGUCAGUUAAUCUGAAAUAUUGGAAAGAGAGAUUUGAGUUUGACCAUAAAGUCAAACAAACUGGUGUUGUAGUGCUAGAGAACUGUCUUGGUCUUAAGACCAUGUUCAGGCUGGACUAAUGAUGUCAUUUUCAAAUGGACUGUUUUAGAUGAAUCAAUGUAGUAAUAUGACAUAAAACAGCUGCUGUUACAUCAAUGAUUUUUAUACCUCUUUUUAAAUCUAUCCAAGUGCCUUAUGUGUCAGACACCUGCAUAACCUUAGGGCUUAACAAACCAGUCCAUCUUAUUUCUAGCCAGAAAUACCUCUUAACACUUAUUUACGGCCUCAUUCACCAGACAGAUCUAGACUCACAUCUAAUUUUCAGAUCAUUCCAGACUUGUCAGUGGCUUUUUUCAUACAUACAAGGAUUUAUUUUGGACAGUUAGUCAAACAAAUUUAAGGGUUGAGUUUUUUGCAUUGUGUUGCUUUGAAAACAGAGUUGCAGACGCCUUGUUUUUUGCAGUCAAAUUUAUUUUAAAGCAAACUAAAAUUAAAGAGAGUGUGCUUUACUGUUCAACCUUGUUAUGAUUUUUUAAAAAUUGUUUUUUUAUGGUCUUGUCUCAGUUUCAACUCAGUCUUCACUCCCCAGAAGUCUUGGUCUUGGUGCACACAGGUCUUGGACAUGCAUGUCUUGGUCUCGGAUAAUGAGAUCUUGACUAAAACACUCAAGUAAGCAUCUCAAAAACACUAAUGACAUAAGGGUUGGCUGUCUGUUGUCACUACUGGUGUGAUGCUGUCUCCAUAAGAAUGGCUUCUUCUAUUUUGACGUAGCAUGAUGUAGCUCUGUGCUACCUUGUUACUGUAUAGGUAUACUGUUUGAAUGCUAACAUUUGACUCUGUAAAAACGAAUAUGAGGGCCGAAUUUAAAAUAUUCAAGUAACUUCUUAGCUUUUUUCAGAUAAGGGGCCUAACUUAAUACUUCAUGUUGCUAUUUGGUCCACAUAACAUGCAUCUGCGAUUGUUUGGAGAAUGCAAUGAUUGGGGAAUUCUUUUCACUUUAAUAAAGUACAAAGACAAGAUGUUUUAUGUUUACACUGAUUAACUGAUGCCCCUCUCAUACCUAAUCAUGUUACCUAUUUACCUGGCCACCUGUUGAAUUUUCCAAAAGAGGUGAUUUUUUUCAGCAUUCCACAGCUUUUCUAGUCAUUAGUUGCCUUUUGUCAACUUGUUUUAUGUGUUUCAGCUAUUAAAUUCAGUUUGUGUAUAAUUACAAAAAGGUUUAUCAACUUAAUAAAUAUCCCUUCCACUUCAGAUAACAAUAUGCUACCUUUCAAACUCAGAUCUCUAUAAACCAACGAUUGUGACACCUUCUAUUCUUGUCAUUAAAGGGACCCAAGUUCAAAGUACAUCUUUCUAUCUGGUUCUUAGCACUAAUAAUUCCCAAGUUGGUGGCAUUCUCUUUAACUGGAAUGUAACACAACACCAAUGAGCAA